GGUGGGCGGGAGCGGCGCGCGCCGGAGCUUGGACCGAAGGUCCGAGGGGACACGCGCGAGAGCCGGCGAUGGGCCCCGCGGCGGGGCUGGUGGCUUUGCUGGCGGUGCUGGCGCUCCGGGCAGGGGACCCGUCAGGGGCCGCGGCGCGGGGGGACACGUUCUCGGCACUGACCAGCGUGGCUCGCGCCCUGGCACCGGAGCGCCGGCUGCUGGGGCUGCUGCGGCGCUACCUGCGCGGGGAGGAGGCGCGGCUGCGCGACCUGACCAGAUUCUAUGACAAGGUGCUUUCUUUGCACGAGGAUUCGGCAACCCCUGUGUCUAACCCUCUGCUUGCAUUUACUCUCAUCAAACGCCUACAGUCUGACUGGAGGAAUGUGGUACAUAGUCUGGAGGCCAGUGAGAACAUCCGAGCUCUGAAAGAUGGUUAUGAGAAGGUGGAGCAGGACCUCCCAGCCUUUGAGGACGUGGAGGGAGCAGCAAGGGCCUUGAUGCGGCUGCAGGAUGUGUACAUGCUCAACGUGAAGGGCCUGGCCCGAGGCGUCUUCCAAAGAGUCGCUGGCUCCGCCGUCACUGACCUGUACAGCCCCAGGAGGCUCUUCUCCCUCACGGCAGAUGACUGCUUCCAAGUUGGCAAGGUGGCAUAUGACAUGGGGGAUUACUACCAUGCCAUUCCGUGGCUGGAGGAGGCUGUCAGUCUCUUCCGAGGAUCUUAUGGAGAAUGGAAGACAGAGGAUGAGGCAAGUCUAGAGGAUGCCUUGGAUCACUUGGCCUUUGCCUAUUUCCAGGCUGGCAAUGUUUCCUGUGCCCUCAGCCUUUCCCGAGAGUUUCUUCUCUACAGCCCAGAUAAUAAGAGGAUGGCCAGGAAUGUGUUGAAAUAUGAAAAACUUUUGGCAGAGAGCCCCAACCAGGUGGUAGCUGAGGCUGUCAUCCAGAGGCCCAAUGUUCCCCACCUGCAGACCAGAGACACCUACGAGGGGUUAUGUCAGACCCUGGGAUCCCAGCCUAUUCACUACCAGAUCCCUAGCCUUUACUGCUCCUACGAGACAAAUUCAAGCCCCUACCUGCUGCUCCAGCCCAUCCGGAAGGAGGUCAUCCACUUGGAGCCCUACGUUGUUCUCUACCAUGACUUCAUCAGUGACAUGGAGGCUCAGAAGAUUAGAGGGCUUGCAGAACCGUGGCUACAGAGAUCUGUGGUGGCGUCAGGGGAAAAGCAGUUGCCAGUGGAGUACCGCAUCAGCAAAAGUGCCUGGCUGAAGGACACCGUUGACCCCCUGCUGGUGAACCUUGACCAUCGCAUUGGUGCCCUCACGGGACUUGAUGUCCAGCCUCCCUAUGCAGAGUAUCUCCAGGUGGUGAAUUAUGGAAUUGGUGGUCACUAUGAACCUCAUUUUGACCAUGCUACGUCGCCAACCAGCCCCCUGUACAGAAUGAAGUCUGGGAACCGAGUUGCAACAUUUAUGAUCUAUCUGAGCUCCGUGGAAGCUGGAGGAGCCACUGCCUUCAUCUAUGCCAACUUUAGCGUGCCUGUGGUCAAGCACUGUUUUGGUGGAAUCUGCACAGGAGUGGUAAAGGGGAUGGUGACACACUUCAUGCUGGUUGUCCUGUCCUGGUGGGAGAUAAGUGGGUGGCCAACAAGUGGAUACAUGAGUAUGGACAGGAAUUCCGCAGACCCUGCAGCUCAAGCCCUAAAGACUAAAAUGUUGGCAGAGAGAAGCUGGUGGAGUCCUGUGACUUUCCAGAAAAGCCAGAAGCCAAAGGCAUGCCUAGGAGAGGAGAAAGGAGAGCUACCUUCUGGAAGAGGACCUUGUCAGCAUUGCUUGUUUCUUACAAAAGGAGGUGGUCUGUACCAGGGAAUAUCUGAGAAUUCUUCUCAAACCAUCAGUCAGAGUAGAUGGGCAAUACAAAGAAGGGGUUGAGGCCAGAGGGAGAAGUUUUGGGGACUCAGACACUCUAUGAUGGAAACGGAAUAUAGCAACGGUCCCUGGGGUUUGAUCAAUGGAGUUUUUGCCACUUUGAGCCUUGACUACAGCAGCCCAGAAGUGGCAAUGAGGACACCUGCAGGAGGGGCCUAGCCUAACUCCCAUGGCUUUCUGCCCUCCCCACUGACUUCUCUUGAAGACUGAGCUGGGACUGUCUCUGUAGGAGUGUACCUCAUAGGAUUUUUUUUCAAGCAGAAUGAAACUUUCUUUUUUUAUAUGAUGAUUUUUAAUUACAGCCAUUAAAAACAUUUAUAAAUCAUUUUUCACAACCAAGAGUAUUCUUAGAGGAUAACAUUGAGUAAUAUGUAUAUAUAUGUGAAAAUGUAUUUUUCUAAAUUUAUGCUAUAAUUUCAACUUGGCUCACCUCUCACCAUUCCCCUCUCAUUAUAUUCCAGACACAUGACAUUCUUUCUAUUCCUACAGCCACUGUGCUCAUCGCCAUCAGCAUCAUUCCCACCUUUCAGGUCUUUGCAUUUGCUGCUCCCUUAUAUUCCCCCCAUGCCCAAGCUCUUCUCAUUAUCCCACUCUGGGCUCAAUGUUGCUUCAGACCUCUCUUCCCUGACCAUCCAACCCGCCAGCCAUAUUCUUUCAUGUUACCUGAUUUUCUUUUCUUUUCUUUUCUUUUUUUUUAAGAUUGAUU